GUCUGCCGUUAUUCAAGAGUGCUUCCCGGAAAGUACAUUGCAUCGACGGCUUUCCACUGGGGCACAUUUCUGACGGCACUCCUGUGGGUAGGACUUAUCGCCAACGAGGUCAUUUCGCUCCUAUGUGUAUUGGGAAAGGUUCUGGGUCUUUCUCCCACGACUAUGGGCAUCACAAUGCUGGCCCUGGGAAACACCGUGGAUAACGUUUUUGCUUCAUACGGCCUCGCCACCUCCGGAGCAUUUACCGUUGCUUUGACGGGCACAUACGCUGCAGAUACAUUUACCAUGCUUUGCGUCGUUGGAUCUAUUCUCCUGAUGAUGGCGAUCCAAAGCCACGAGGAGGUUCCUUUUCUGCUGUCUCCGUGCGUGAUCUUCCUUCUUAUCAGCUUACAGGUCUUCCUCGCGGUCACGUGGACCUGGGUUAAGUUCAGCGGCUGGAAGAUCCACAGCGCUCUUGGAUGGACCCUAGCGAUCGCCUAUCCCACGGCUUUGGCACUGGGAUUUUUGACAGAGCGGCAGAUGGCCCCUCAAAGUUAG